AUGACCUCUGAAUCCACUCCGUCAAAGGGCGGGGGCAUGUUGUCUCUCUAUGCCAAUUUACUCGACUCGUCUGCCGACAACUCCCCCGGAACCAUUUCUCGCGCGCCGGUUGUCUUCAAACAAAGCUCUGAAGGCGAGGGUCAGCUCGAUGAGUCCUCUGUCAAGAAACAAGUUAGCACUGCUUCACUUCGAUUUCAGCCUACAAAACGGCCCCAGUUAGCAGCACAGAAACCUAAGACUAAACCAAGUUUACCGAAAAAUACUCCUGCAGCACCUCCGACAACUGCUCCGGUCAAGACUACACUGGCAGAUUGGGCGGCUACGGAAGAGGAUGAUGUGAAUGGAUUCUACGCUGGACCAAAGAGGCAACGAGGCGGGCGCAAGAAGCGCAAGAAGAACCGAGAAGCACAUGAGAUCGUCCAGAACUGGGACGAUAUCUAUGACCCGUCAAGGCCGAAUAACUAUGAUGAAUACAAACACAGUGACGAGCAAAUAUCCGAGGUUCGGGAGUGGAAGGAUCGUUUAUAUGCGCACCGCAUGACAAGAUCGCGGAGUCAGGACUCGUAUAGCGACGAUGAAUAUACACGUCCAAUGAAGCGACAAUUUGCUCCCCCAGGUAGUUUCGCUCCACCUCCAAAUCUCAAUGAUAUUCCACCUCCACCGUCCGAUUCUGCCCAAGAUGCUGCUUCCGGGGAAGAUGCAUUCGAUCGGCGGGCCCGAAUGGGUACAAACCCAAGCGAUACACCAAUGCCAGACUAUUCACCACCCCAGGCACCACUUACCAUAGUGGCCGACGAUCCCACCGGCGAAGAUGCUUAUAUGCGGCGUUCUCAAAUGCCAGCUUCGACUCAACCCCCAGCUCCUCCAAGGACCUUGGACUCUUUCCAGCCGGCCUUCGCUACAAUAUCUCGCGCCUCAGUCCGAUAUGCUCUUCCACCGCCUCCGGAGGAUAUUCCAGCAUCAGAAGCGGAACUUGAGGAAUUCUUUGCGAACGAGCAGCCUGCCGAGGAUGAAGGCGAAGAGAAUGGCCAGCGUUCCCUCCGGCCUGGACAAAAAGGAUUUGCCGAACGAUUGUUGGCUAAGUACGGAUGGACAAAAGGAUCUGGGCUGGGUGCAACUGGCUCCGGUAUUGUCAAUCCAUUACAAGUCAAAGUGGAAAAACAGAAGAAACGCCCAGAUUCGGAGGGUGGUGGAUUUGCUACCCCGGCUGGCAGGGGCAAAAUUAUUGGGGGCAAGAGAAAGCAUGAAGAUACCGGCAAGUUUGGUCCAAUGAGUGAAGUCAUUGUCCUGAAAGGGAUGCUAGACGGCAUGGACUUGGAUGCAGAAUUGGCGGGGGAUGAAGGCGGAGGUAUAAUGCAGGAAAUUGGAGAAGAGUGUGCGGAAAAGUAUGGACGUGUUGAGCGGGUCUAUAUCUAUCGUGAUGCUGGACCUCCGGUUCCCGUCUUCAUCAAAUUUACUGCCCAACUUUCUGCUCUUCGGGCUGUGAAUGCCCUCGAAGGCCGGAUAUUCAACGGGAACAAAAUCACUGCGCGGUUUUUCGACACUCAGAACUUUGAACAAGGCAUAUAUGAGGAUUGA